CGCCCUCGAUCCCCAUGGCGUCCUCGCGCCGCCGCUGCGGGCCCGCCAGGAGGCCCCGGGCGUCCACUUCCCGGGCCGUGCCCCGCCCCCCCGCCCCGCGCGUCGCUGGGGCUGCCGCGGCGACACGCGGGGCAGACGUGCCGCACCACGCUGUCCCCCGGGGGCGGUCCUGCUUCCCUGCUCCGGAGGCGAGCAGUCGGUGGCUCCGAGGGCACCCCGCCGAGGGCCGGGUGCAGCCAGGGAGCGGUGUGGUACCUGUACGACGACCACCCUUCGGCUUCGGGUGACAAGGAGGUGGUUGCCGCCUGCACCAAUCCCGGCAGAGCGGCCAUGCGCAGUCGCGUGCGGCAAGGUGUGCCAGGAGGGCCCGCCUGCGUGCGCUUCGUGGCCCUGCUGUUGGCCGGCAUCUGCGCCUGGGAGGCCGAAGCAGCCAAGAAGAAGUCAGCCGCUCGAGGCC